AUGGUUGUCUCUGCUUACGAUAGAAUCGAGCGUUGGUGUGACGUCUGUGAUGCUGAAGAAUUCAGAACAGGCCCAUGGCUAAAGCGCGUCAAAGUUACAGAAUUGAUCCCUCUUUCCACGCCUGCGAAACACGGCGGCGACAGUUCAUACGCACUGCUCCUUAACCUCUCUGUCACUGUCCCAUGGCUUGCCGAAAGGCGGUCUGUGUCUUUCGAGUCGCAGCCUGACUCGGACGAUAGUGGGGAACUAGACUUCGACAUGGAGAUUUUCGAGCGGGAGGAGGACAACCGUCAAGUUGACAGUUUUUUGUUCGAAGUAGAUGUCAAAGCUUACCAGCCGCACCAUUUAGCGGUAGCGGCAGGUCUGCUUCGUGGAGCGGUGUGCAUCCUUUCGCGCGAAGAAAACAGUGAGAAGAUCGACUUCCGUUGCCCAACUUUGGACCGGCUGCAGAAGCAACUGAAACAGCUUGAGGAGCAACGAAGUAAUACAAGGAAGCGAAGUAAAGCAAUUGCUACUGCCGCAUGGAUAUCAACAGCGGUAGCAGCCCUUGGUAUUGGCAGCAUGGUUUGGGGAUCAACUCAGCCCCGAAGACUCCGAAGGACACUGGAUAAUUCUCUUCCUCAACUAUUAGAAUACCAGUUUAGGCUCAGCCAGCAAUCUGCGCUGAGUGAUAUAAGUCGUAUGGCAAGUCCGUCUAACAUGAUGAAAAUUUGGAAGGCAAGGUCGCGAAAUCCCCGGGCGGCAAUUGGAGGCAUUGCAGAAGGCGUUGGGUUCUGGGCGUUUCUGUCCGGACUUGUAGCCUCUGGAGCUGUCUUCACUAGGAAGAUGAGAACGGUGAAUGUUGAGAAUCAAGCAAAUGAGAAAAGCAGGGCAAGUCUUGGGCAGCGAAUCGGUAGUGCUGCCGCCUCAGCUAUUGAGCGAUUCCGCAAGGGCAUUGCGUCCAAGUUACGAGUUGUUUUUAUUGUUGAUGAUACCUUAUGA